GUAGUCGGUCCAGGGUGGGUGCGCGCACAGGGGUAGGGAUACGAAAGUAAGCACAGGCACCGUGGCGUUGUAACAUCGCGGAUCAGUCGGUGAACGUACCGCGCUGUAAACGUAUCUUUUCUUGGGGGAGGGGGGGGGCAGCAGGAGGAGAGAUCGUCUCUCUCUCGCAGACGUCUGCUCUCCUCAUCAUCAUCUCCGUUCACCCCUUGAAUGGUGACGGCGGCCGUAGCUCCUUAUGGGGAUGUUUGCGUUGGUGGUUGCGCGCGUGCACGCGUCGUAUCCACCCGUGCACGCAUGGGCGCCGCGACGUGAAGAAUGAUAGUGAAGUGACUUCGUCCUGGGCGCGGCGAACCCGGGGGUGGGGGUGGGGGUCUGAGAGAAGAACUGUGAAAGUGAAUUAUAACGCGUACGUGAUCGGCCGGCAUGUGCACACGGUUUUGUGCCUACGGAAGAGCGAUCAUUCUGGCGAUCAUCUUUCUUUGGCGGAUCCGCUACUGCCGGAGUAUCGCUCCGGACGCAUGUAACGUCGUCGCCGACGGCCGGGAACUGCUGUGCCGUGGUGCGAGCCUCUUUUCCGUACGGCCGAUUCACGACGUCAAUGUGCUACGAGCCGUUGUUUCGGAUAACGUCACGAAAAUUGAUCUGACCAACAAUAAUAUAACGGACAUUCCAAUACGUGCUUUCCAUCGAUUUUCCAAUCUCGAAAUUUUAUUUCUUCGACGUAAUCACCUACAAGCUAUUCACGACAAUGCGUUCGUAAACUUAGCAACUCUUCGUAUAUUGGAACUCGAUGAAAAUUAUUUAACAAAUAUACCAGCUGCCGCUAUAAAUCUACCAAGUCUUGAAGAAUUGUCUAUAUCGAAUAAUAGAAUAGAACAACUCACGGAAGAUGCAUUGCGCAAUGCUUAUAACCUGGUGUCACUUGAUUUACGCGGGAAUCCUAUUAAGGUGAUACACAAUGAAACCUUUCGGAAUCUUAGGAAACUUCGUAAGUUGAUACUAUCAAACAUGAAAGAACUGCGGUUCUUUCCUAAUCUAAAUGGAGCAACGUCUUUGGAAAUAUUGAAACUAGAUCGUUCCCAGUUGAAGGAAGUUCCUUCUAAUCUUUGCCGACAAUGCCCGAAGCUCAAAAGUUUCGAUAUGAAGUCCAAUUAUUUGACAGAAAUACCAAAUUUACGAAACUGCCAUCAACUCCGCGUUUUAAAUUUAGCUAGCAAUAUGAUUUCCACAUUACCAGACGAUGCUUUUAAAGGUUUAAGUAUGUUGCACGAUCUUCUUCUGUCCAAAAAUAAUUUGCAAAGCAUUUCCAACGAUGCGUUUACCGGCCUAUCUAGACUUCAAGUUUUAGACUUGGAAAACAAUUACAUCAAGUAUAUACAUCCUGAUGCAUUUAGAGAAACGAAACAAUUGGAAGACUUAAAUUUGGGAAACAACGUUUUCCCCACACUGCCGAUAAAAGGUCUGGCAGGCUUGCUACACCUCAAGACAUUCAAUAAUCCUGCACUGCGAGAAUUCCCAUCUCCCGAAAGAUUUCCGCGAGUGCAAACGAUGUUGCUGUCAUACGCUUAUCACUGCUGCUCGUUUCUGUCGAUUGAGGUGGAAGAGUCUGUCACGAAGACAGCGGUACGAGAAUCGAUUUUAUUCCCCACCGACAAUGAAUUCGACGCAAGCUUGUGGAAUUCGACUUUCAGCGAUAUCUGGCCACAGUUGGAUAACUUGACCGACAAAUUUGGAUCGCAAAUAAAUGAACUUUGGGCUAACUUUGGUUCGGAUUUUACGUAUCCAGGAAACCUACCAUCCUACGUAGAGGAUUAUUUCGAGGAGUUAGAAAGUCGGACGACAGCUCGGACGAUAUCCUCCCGUAUCCAAUGCCUGCCACAACCCGGUCCUUUCCUACCGUGCCAAGACUUAUUCGACUGGUGGACCUUACGAUGCGGCGUGUGGAUAGUCUUCCUUCUCGCCAUGCUUGGGAACGGCACAGUAGUGUUUGUCUUGAUAUUUUCACGAAGUAAGAUGGAUGUACCGCGAUUUCUGGUUUGCAAUUUAGCCGCUGCCGACUUCUUCAUGGGUGUCUUUCUAGGCGUUUUAGCCGUCGUAGAUGCAUCGACGCUGGGGGAAUUCCGAAUGUACGCGAUACCAUGGCAAAUGUCGGCUGGCUGUCAACUGGCUGGUUUCUUGGGUGUCCUCAGCUCCGAAUUGAGUGUCUACACGCUUGCCGUCAUCACUUUGGAGAGGAAUUACGCAAUAACGCACGCGAUGCACCUGAACAAGCGGCUGUCGCUGAAGCACGCGGGCUACAUCAUGACGAUAGGUUGGUGCUUUGCACUGUCGAUGGCGAGUUUGCCGCUGCUCGGGGUCUCGGAUUACCGGAAAUUCGCCAUUUGUUUACCGUUCGAGACGAACGGGAGCGCAGCGCUCGCAUACGUAGUAUUUCUCAUGCUGAUCAACGGGGUAGCCUUCCUGAUACUAAUGGGCUGUUACCUGAAGAUGUACUGCGCGAUACGAGGCUCCCAGGCAUGGAACUCGAAUGACUCGCGUAUAGCGAAGAGAAUGGCGCUACUGGUGUUUACAGAUUUCCUCUGCUGGUCGCCGAUAGCCUUCUUCUCUCUCACGGCGACCUUCGGUAUGCAGCUGGUGUCCCUCGAGCAGGCGAAGGUGUUCGCGGUGUUCGUGCUGCCACUCAACUCCUGCUGCAACCCGUUCUUAUACGCGAUCCUUACGAAACAGUUUAAGAAGGACUGCGUGCUGAUCUGCAAGGCGAUCGAAGAGUCGCGCGUGACCCGCGGCAUCGGCCGAUGCCGGCACAGCUCGAAUUUUAGCAAUCGGCAGACCCCGGCCAACACAAACAGCCUGGUGGACAGGUCGUCGCGGGAGAACCAGGGCCUCCAGACGCCGUGCGUCUGCAACUCGAGGCUGCUGGAGGCAAACCGCUGUCCGUCCUAUCGUUGGUGGAGCGCCAGGAUCUUUUGGCCGUGCGCGCGCGACCCCCGGCCAAGGCACACGCGGAACGACCAAUACGCCUACCAGAUCGCCCAGAUCCAAGAGAAGCAGCACAAACGGGCGUCCUCGGUGUCCUCGAGCGAGAACUUCUCCUCGUCCAGGUCGGACUCGUGGCGUCAGACCCACCACUGCGGCAUCCCGCUCAGGCUGCUCGACCCGAAGCGUAGGGCCAGCUCUUGGCUAAUCACCAGGAAACCGUCGCAGGACUCGAACCUGAGCUCCUCGCGCAACGAUUCCUCCGGUUCUGCGACCACUGCCAGCACCAGUACCUGGCGCAUCUCGAGAUCCAGUGCCUCUUUAGAGAUUAGCGCGCGCAACACGCCGAGACCGACUAGGCCGAAGCCGCGAUUGACCCGUCAGCUCGCUAUUCAGGAGCCGGAAUCCCCAGGGUCGCCCGGUAGACUGGCCGUUAGAUUACUCGCCACGAUACCUUCCGCGGCCGAGACCAGCGAUCAGCAAGACGACGAGAAUACACCGAGCAAUUGAAUGUUUCUAAUCUCCCCCCCCCCCCC